AUGGCGUCGGCUACUAAGGUGUCUAUUUUGGAUUACUUUAACAUUGUGUUUGAAGGAGAGAAUGGAAAAAUCGAGUCAAACUGCAAGUAUUGUGGCACAAGGAUCCAAGCAAAACGAAGCGUCACAUCCAACUUCGUAACACACCUAAAGCGUAAGCACCCAACCAUGUAUGAAGAGUUUGUCAAAAGGAAAGAUAUGAAGAGGGAAGGGUACUCCUCUAGCUCGAUGCACAAUUUUACAAACGCAGGCAAUGUCCGCUAUACUGUCCCCAUCAUCACUGGAGCAGCAGCGGGAGGAGCAGCUGGAGGGAUUGGGAGACCAGGCUCCGUGGGAGUGGUGGGAGCAACUUCUGGAGGAAGAUUAACUAAAUUUGACAAGCAUGACCCACGCCAGGUGCUCAUUUCAGAGGCUGUAGCCAAGAUGAUAGUGCAAGAUCUACAGCCAGUGUCGAUGGUGGAAAAAGAAGGAUUUCGAGCAUUGCUGCAACUUCUGGAGCCACGUUACACUCCCGACUCACAACAUUACAUCCAAAGCCAGCUCCUUCCAGCCUAUGCCUAUCAAGCCCAGCUAGCAACACGGCAGGCACUGGCCUCAGCUCACACCCUGAGUCUCAGCCUGGAUAUCUGCAAAGACAGCACUCCGAGUGCAUCAGGGUAUUUUGGAAUCACCUGCCAUUUCCUCACAUGUGACUGGCAGAUGCGCUCAGCUCUUUUGGCUUGUCUCCUUUUGACUGAUGUUACUUCAUGCAGUCAAAUUCUAUCUGACUUUGAAGAAGUGUGCUUUUCUCACAGCGUGGCAGGAAGAGCCUUUCGAGUUGUGUCUGACGCUAUUCCAUCACCUGCGUCCUCUUUCUAUCACUACAUCACCUCUGCAGUUCCAGCAGAGAAGCUCAACCAGGUCUUUGAUACGACAGGGCUGACUUCAGGGAGCGUCUCAUCUGCACUCAGCGAGUGGGCUGUGCAACUGAAAGUGCUGCAUCGGCUUCUAGAGUCUGUGGAUUUCCUGGAAGAGUUGAGUGGUCCCAGUGAAUUGUCUUUGGGGACGUCAGAGAAGGUGCUUUUGCGCGAGCUCAUAGACAUCCUGGAACCUUUCACAGAAGCCUGGGAAAUGGUGCACGGGCCAAGGCAGACUGACCCACUGACAGAUCGACAUGUGCCCAUUAGUUUGGCAAUGCCAUGUGUUUUAGGACUGUGCAAGCACCUUUCGGAGACCUCAGCAGUCCAUUGUCCUGGUCUCCUGGUUGGUCUGAGGCAGGCAGUUGACAAGCUACUAUCUCCUCUCCUCCAGGACCCCCUCUACAUCACUGCCACGACUCUGGACCCUCAGUUUAAACUCACUUGGAGUAAUAACCAGGACUGGCACAGACAGGUCAUCUUAGAGGAGAUAAACAAACUUUCAAACUCUACUAACCCUACAGAUUCCACCACAGACAUACCGGCAGGUUAUCCUUCCCCUCCUGCCCCAGCCCUGUCUCCGGUCUCCCCUCUGUCCCGUCCAUGUAGGCUAUUCUCUUUUAUAAAGCAGAGACCCAUGACUCAAGCAAAAAGCCUUGAGCAGGAGCUGGUUGCAUAUCUCAGAGAGGAGCCCACAGAUGAAGAUGCGUUGCAUUACUGGAGACGAAAAUCUAUUGACUUUCCCCAACUGGCACAGAUGGCUAAAAAGGUGUUCACUAUACCGGCCUGUGGCACUGUGGUGGAGAGUAUAUUCUCUGCAGCUCGAUGCUGUCAGAGAACCUGUGAUUUACCAAAGUACCUGGAAACUCUAAUCUACCUCAAAGCUAAUUACAAGCUACUAUGGGCAUAA